CGCGCGAGCCAGCAGUAGAAAGGCAGGACCGACCGAUGGCCGCCGACGACACGAGACGCAUGUUCACGAUCGCAGCGCUGGUCUGCCAGGUCGUGUCGACGGUCGCGGCCUCGUACAUGCUGCUGCGCAUCCGCCACACGACGGCCCUCUCGACAAAGCUCAUCUUUUACCGCGCGCUGAGCGACGUGGGCUUUUCGCUCACGGGCGCGAUAGCCAACGUCCUCGCCUUGCGUCGCGCGCCGCCGUCGUGGCCCAUUGACGUCUUCCUCAAGGCGCCGCACUGGAGCCUCGAGAUCUCGUCCUUUCUCUGGUCGAUUGCCCUCGCCUUGUACAUUUUGUUUCGGCAGAACCAGCGCGGCGACUUCUCGAUGAUCUUCACGCACACGGCGAUCUGGUCGCUCACGCUGCUCUACGCCGCGCUCGAGAUCUACGCGCUCGAGUCGAAUUCGCAGCAGGUGCCACUGAUCGCGCGCGUCGUCUGGGACACGCUCGCCCUCAUCGCGCUCGUGACCGUUCUCUAUACGCUCUGCUCGUUCCGGGCGCACAAGAUUCGGUCCGGCCAGCUCGGACAGAGCGUCGUCAUGGGCAAGCUCCUUGGCUACAUGCUCAUCUUCCUCGCGUUCGUGACACCCAACCUCACCAACGACGUGUGGUUCUUCGCGACCGGCGCGUUAACGCAGACGCCCGACGACGCCUUUGCCAACAUCUCGUCGAUCUUGUUUGCGCUGUGGCCGACCGGCAACUGCAUCGUGUUUCUUUCCAAAGUCAACUGCUACCGGCCGCCGACGUCCAAGAUUGACGAGGCGGCGCCGCCGCUCUCGCCGACCCAAGAGCUCCACGGGCUUGAGAUUGGCGAGAAGAUUGGCCAAGGCCUCGCGGUCGUGUACCGCGGCAAGUGGCGCGGCGCAGUCGUCGCCGUCAAGAUGAAGAUGCUGCUCCUCGACAACAACGACGAAGCGCUCGACCCGGCGUUUUUGCACGAGUGCAACGUCGAGAUCCAGCAAGAAGCCAUCGUGAUGAAGCGACUCACGCACCCUAACAUUGUGCUCUUCAUGGAGGCCGGGUUCCACCAAGGCUCGAUUUGCAUCAUCUCCGAGUACUGCGCGCGCGGCUCGCUCCGCGACGUGCUCUCGAAUGCGUAUGCGCUCAACGGGCGGAGCAUCAUUUGGCCGAUGAAGAUUCGACUCGCGCUGGGCCUUGCGUACGGACUGCAGUACCUGCACAACUCGCAGAUGAUCCAUCGGGACCUCAAGAGCCCCAACAUCCUCGUCGACGAGACGUGGCAUGCCAAGAUCGCCGACUUUGGCACGCUUCGCCUUGCCGAGAUCGUCCGGAGCCAGAACCACCACGUGUCGCCAGAGAUGACCGGCCUCGUCGGCACCACCCGCUGGAUGGCCCCCGAGGUCAUCAAGGGCCACAAGCAGUACACGGAGAAGAUUGAUAUUUAUUCGCUUGGCGUCAUCCUCUGGGAGCUCAUUGACGGCCGGAAGCUGCCGUACGACGAGAUCCGGUGGAACCACCAGAUUGAAGCCGCCAUCGUCCAAGGCAAGCGCCCGACGAUCGUCGCCAACUCGUGCCCGCCGCGCUGGAAGGUGCUCGUCUCCAUGUGCUGGCAAGUCGACCCGACGCAGCGCCCGACGAUCGCGCAGCUCAUUCGAUCGCUGCACCGCGUCGCGAAAGAAGACAUCAAGGACGCACUGCACAAGAACUUGCCCUUCGUCGGCAACCUGCAGCAGAUGGACUGCGACUACAUCCUCAAGAAUACGCGCUGCGAGGUCGACAUUGAGCCGCCGGGCACCUUGUACUUUAAGCGCACGGCCAGCGACGUGAGCCUCCUCUCGGCCACGAGCACGAAUUCGCACCUCAAGCACAUUCCGCUGCUCGAAGAGACCAACACGGGGCGGUCUGGCGGCGGCAAGUCGAGCUUCUACGCCUUGGCCUAG